AUGGAGAACAUUUCAAUGCAAGCCAACGCACCUCCUGUGUGCAACGAGUCCAGCUACACUUUAAACUCAACCUGCACCCCUGAAUCCGAAUUAUACUUUUACGCUGAUCUUUAUGUCAUUUUACCGGUCAUUUACUCUGUCAUCUGCGCUGUGGGACUUACCGGAAACACAGCUGUUAUCUACAUGAUCCUGAAAGCUCCCAAGAUGAAGACUGUUACCAAUAUGUUCAUUUUAAACCUAGCUAUCGCAGACGAUUUAUUUACGCUUGUUUUGCCAAUCAACAUUGCUGAGCAUUUGCUCCACUACUGGCCAUUCGGGGAGGUUUUGUGCAAAAUAAUACUUAGCAUUGAUCACUAUAACAUCUUCUCAAGCAUAUAUUUCCUCACUGUUAUGAGUAUAGAUCGCUAUUUGGUUGUCCUGUCCACGGUGAGGUCCAAACGGAUGCCUUAUCGCACUUACCGAGCAGCCAAAAUCAUAUCUUUGUGCGUUUGGGUUCUUGUGAUCCUCAUCGUGAUGCCUUUUACUGUUUUUGCUAGUGUAUACAUCAGCCCAAAUGAUGAUAGAAAAAGCUGCGUGCUUAGCUUCCCCAGUCCCGAAAGCCUGUGGUUCAAAGCUAGCCGAAUUUACACACUAAUUCUGGGAUUCGCUAUUCCCGUUUCAACUAUCUGCAUCUUGUACACCAUGAUGUUAUAUAAGCUGAGGAACAUGCGACUAAAUAGCAAUGCUAAAGCACUAGAUAAGGCUAAGAAGAAAGUUACCAUAAUGGUUUUCAUCGUAUUGGCGGUGUGCCUGUUUUGCUGGACUCCGUUUCAUCUUAGCACCAUCGUAGCACUAACCACGGAUCUGCCAACAACACCACUGCUAAUUGGGAUCUCUUACUUCAUCACAAGCUUAAGCUAUGCUAACUCCUGUCUUAAUCCGUUUCUGUAUGCAUUCCUGGAUGACAGUUUUAGGAAGGCAUUUAAGAAGAUGCUAGAAUGCAACCCUUAAAUUGUGCUAAAGCU